UGAGGCCACGCCCCCGCGGGGCCGGUGCUCGGCGCUGCCCGGGCGGGGGGGAGCGGUGGGGACCGGGGACCGAGCACCGGACCGAGCCGUUCCGAGCCGUACCGAGCCCUACCGAGCCGUACCCGGCCGUCCGGUCCCGUCCCGUCCCGUCCCGUCCCGUCCCGUCCGGUCCGGUCCCGCCAUGGCAGCGGCGGCGGCAGCGGGCCCCGGCGGGUUUCAAUUCGCCAUCGACCGCGGCGGCACUUUCACCGACGUCUUCGCCCGCUGCCCCGGCGGUCGCGUCCGCGUCCUCAAGCUGCUCUCCGAGGACCCGGGCUACGGAGACGCUCCCACCGAGGGCAUCCGUCGCGUCCUGCAGGAGGAGAGCGGGGUGGCGGUGCCGCGGGAUCAACCCCUGGACACCUCCGGCAUCGAGUGGAUCCGCAUGGGCACCACGGUGGCCACCAACGCGCUGCUGGAACGCCGGGGCGAGCGCCUGGCCCUGCUGGUCACCCGCGGCUUCCGCGACCUCCUCCACAUCGGCAGCCAAGCCCGUCCCCGCAUCUUUGACCUGGAGGUGGCGGUGCCCGAGGUGCUCUACGAGGAGGUGAUCGAGGUGGACGAGCGGCUGAUCCCGCACCAGCCCGGCUGCCGCCUCCCGGGGAAGGAGACCCUCCCGCUGCUCGAAGGCUCCACGGGGGCAUCCCUGCUGGUGCAGCGGCCGCUGGAGCUGUCGGCGCUGCGGCGGGAGCUGGAGGGGGUGCUGGCCCGCGGCAUCCGCAGCCUGGCCGUGCUGCUGCUCCAUUCCUACGCCUGGCCCGGCCACGAGGAGCAGGUCGGGGCGCUGGCGCGGGAGCUGGGUUUCCGGCACGUCUCCCUCUCCUCCGCGGUGGCGGCCAUGGUACGGGCGGUGCCGAGGGGCUACACGGCCUGCGCCGACGCCUACCUCACCCCCUGCAUCCACCGCUACCUGGAGAGCUUCCGCGCCGGCUUCGCCCACCAGCUGCGGGAGGUGCCGGUGCUGUUCAUGCGCUCGGACGGGGGGCUCACCCCCAUGCAGCACUUCAGCGGGGCCCGCGCCAUCCUCUCGGGCCCGGCCGGCGGCGUGGUGGGCUACGCCAUGACCACCUACCGCCGCGAGGACGGGCAGCCCGUCAUCGGCUUCGACAUGGGAGGUACCUCGACGGACGUCAGCCGCUACGCCGGCGAGUACGAGCACGUCUUCGAGGCCAGCACCGCCGGCGUCAGCAUCCAGGCGCCGCAGCUCGACAUCAACACCGUGGCGGCCGGCGGCGGCUCCCGGCUCUUCUUCAGGUCCGGGCUCUUCGUGGUCGGCCCUGAGUCGGCGGGCGCCCACCCCGGUCCAGCCUGCUACCGCAAGGGGGGUCCGCUGACCGUCACGGACGCCAACCUCUGCCUGGGCCGCCUGCUCCCCGAGUACUUCCCCCGCAUCUUUGGUCCGGGUGAGGACCAGCCGCUGUGCCGGGAGACGGCGGCGCGGGCAUUCCGGGACCUGGCCGCCCGCAUCGACGCCUUCCUAGCCGGCACCGCCGCCGGCGCCCGCCAACCGCUCUCGGUGGAGGAGGUGGCCAUGGGCUUCGUGCGGGUGGCCAACGAGGCCAUGUGCCGGCCCAUCCGUGCCCUGACGCAGGCACGGGGCCACGACACCGCCCGCCACGUGCUGGCCUGCUUUGGGGGCGCGGGGGGGCAGCACGCCUGCGCCAUCGCCCGCGCCCUGGGCAUGAGCAGGGUCUUCAUCCACAAGUACAGCGGGAUCCUGUCGGCGUACGGGCUGGCGCUGGCGGACGUGGUGCACGAGGCGCAGGCCCCCUGCGCCCUCCGCUACGAGCCGGCCGCCUUCCCCCGGCUGGACGGGCGCAUCGCCGCGCUGGAGCGGGAGUGCCGGGACGCGCUGCGGGCGCAGGGCUUCACCGGGGAGCAGAUCCGCACGGAGGCUUUCCUGCACUUGCGCUACGAAGGCACCGACUGCGCCCUGAUGUGCUCGGCCAAGGGCCACCCGCCCACCCCGCGCUCCUGCCGCUCCGGAGACUUCCACGCCGCCUUCACCAGCCGGUACAUGGUGGAGUUUGGCUUCACCAUCCCCGACCGCCCCGUGGUGGUGGACGACGUGCGGGUGCGUGGCACCGGCAGCAGCGGCAUCAGCUGCGAGACCCCCCUGGCCCCCAGCGGGAAACCAGCCCGCGUGGAGACGGUGACACAGUGCUACUUUGAGGAGGGGUACGUGGAGACACCGGUGUUCCUGCUGGAGGAGCUGGCCUGCGACCACACCGUCACCGGCCCCGCCAUCAUCAUCGACAAGAACAGCACCAUCGUGGUGGAGCCGGGCUGCACCGCCAGCCUCACCCGCUUCGGCGACGUCUGCAUCGCCGUCGGCUCGGGGUCCCCGCGCCCUGUCGGCCCCCAGCUCGAUGCCGUCCAGCUCUCCAUCUUCUCCCACCGCUUCAUGAGCAUCGCAGAGCAGAUGGGCCGGAUCCUGCAGCGGACGGCCAUCUCCACCAACAUCAAGGAGCGGCUGGACUUCUCCUGCGCGCUCUUCGGGCCGGACGGGGGGCUGGUGUCCAAUGCCCCCCACAUCCCCGUCCACCUGGGUGCCAUGCAGGAGACCGUCCAGUUCCAGAUCCGCAACCUGGGUGAGGACCUGCGGGAGGGGGACGUCAUCCUGAGCAACCACCCCUGCGCGGGGGGCAGCCACCUGCCCGACCUCACCGUCAUCACCCCCGUCUUCUGGCCGGGCAUCCCCAAGCCCGUCUUCUUUGUGGCCAGCCGCGGGCACCACGCGGACAUCGGGGGCAUCACCCCCGGCUCCAUGCCCCCCCACUCCAAGGCGCUGCGUGAGGAGGGGGCCGUCUUCGUCUCCUUCAAGCUGGUGAAGGACGGUGUCUUCCAGGAGGAGGCGGUGACGGAGGCCCUGAUGGCGCCGGGCCGCGUCCCCGGCUGCAGCGGGACCCGGAACCUGCAGGACAACCUGUCGGACCUGCGUGCCCAGGUGGCCGCCAACCAGAAAGGGAUCCAGCUGGUCACCGAGCUCAUCCGCUUCCACGGCCUCCCCGUCGUCCAGGCGUACAUGGCCCACAUCCAGGCCAACGCCGAGGUGGCCGUGCGGGAGAUGCUGAAGGGUUUCGCCGCGCGUUGGGGCACCGCGGUGGAAGCCGAGGACCGCAUGGACGACGGUUCGCCCAUCCGGCUGCGGGUGCAAGUGGAUCCCCAGGAGGGCAGCGCCGUCUUUGAUUUCUCGGGCUCGGGGCCGGAGGUGUACGGGAACUGCAAUGCCCCCCGCGCCAUCACCCUCUCUGCCCUCAUCUACUGCCUGCGCUGCAUGGUGGGCCAGGACAUCCCCCUCAACCAGGGCUGCCUGGCCCCCGUGCGGGUGGUCAUCCCCAAGGGCUCCAUCCUGGACCCCUCGCCCGAGGCUGCCGUGGUGGGGGGCAACGUCCUGACCUCCCAGCGGGUGGUGGAUGUCAUCUUCAGGGCCUUCGGGGUCUGUGCCGCCUCCCAGGGCUGCAUGAACAACGUCACCUUCGGGAACGAGCGGGUGGGCUACUACGAGACGGUGGCGGGGGGCGCGGGGGCCGGCCCGCGCUGGCACGGCCGCAGCGGGGUCCACACGCACAUGACCAACACCCGCAUCACCGACCCCGAGAUCCUGGAGCAGCGGUACCCCGUGGUCCUGCAGCGCUUCGAGCUGCGUCGGGGCUCGGGGGGCGCGGGGCGCUGCCGGGGGGGCGACGGGGUGAUCCGGGAGCUGCUCUUCCGCGAGGACAUGGUGCUGUCGGUGCUGAGCGAGCGCCGCGCCGUCCGUCCCUACGGCCUGCGAGGGGGCAGCCCCGGCGCCCCGGGGCUCAACCUGCUGCUGCGGCGCGAUGGCCGAACCAUCAACCUGGGCGCCAAGACGUCGGUGCCGGUGGAGCCGGGGGACAUCUUCCGCCUGCAGACCCCCGGCGGGGGCGGCUUCGGCUCCCCCGGGGAGGGGGGGGACACCGAGGAGGCCGCCGAGCCGCCGGCACCCCGGAGCUUUGCUGAGCGUGGGAGCGUCUUCGAGUACCGGCGGGCUCAGGAGACCGUCUGAGGGUCCCUGCCCCCCCGAACUGUGGCCGUGGGGCGGCCCCGGCCCCGGCUACGCACACCCCGUGGGGAAGCCCCCCAACCCCAGGUACGCACAGUCCAUGGGGCAGCCCCCCCAUUCCUAGAUGCGCACAGUCUGUAGGGCAGCCCCCCAACCUCAGAUACGUACAGUCCAUGGGGCAGCCCCCCCAACUCCAGCUACGCACAUCCCAAGAAGCAUCCUCUCCCGCUCCCAGCUAUGCACACUCUGUGGGGCAGCCCCCCCCCCAAUUACUAGAUACGCACAGUCUAUAGGGCAGCCCCCCACCCUAGCUAUGCACACUCUGUGGGGCAGCCCGCCAACCUCAGAUAUGCACAGUCCAUGGGGUAGCCCCCCCGUUCCUAGGUACGCACAGUGUAUGUAGGGCAGCCCCCCCACCCCAGCUAUGCACACUCUGUGGGGCAGCCCCCCCCCAUUCCUAGAUACGCACAGUCCAUGGGGCAGCCCCCCCACCCCAGCUAUGCACAUUCUGUGGGGCAGCCCCCCCCAUUCCUAGAUACGCACAGUCUAUAGGGCAGCCCCCCCACCCCAGCUAUGCACACCCUAAGGGGCAGCCCCCAUCUCCACGCCUCAGGCUCCUGCCCCCCCACUCCAAGGGGACUGGAGGGUCACCCCGCCGUGGGGCAGGGCUUGGGCUCUCGCAGUGGGGCAGCCCCCCCCCCCCCCCGCCACGGCACUGCCCCUGGAUUCCCAUGCUUGUGCCUCACUGCACCGGGGGCUCGGCCCCUCCAUCUGGGGGGGGGGCCGAGCCCUGGGUGUGGGGGUCUCCCCCCACCUCUGCCCCACUCCUCCCCAGCUCGGUGCCUUCCAAUAAACGAGCCUUCGGGCCCUUCCCGCA